UCUUCACUCUGUUUACCCCUUUUGUUUCCUAGAUAAGUAUUUUGGGCUUCUCUGGUUUCUGAAGAUAGCAAACUUUCGUGGUUCCGAAUUCAUGGACCUCCAUUGUUUCUGGGUUGGCAUCUGUCUGUUCUUUGGCUUUUCGCUAGUUGCCUUAUGUGACCAAGAUGGUUUCUUGAGCUUAACUUGCGGUGGAACUGCCGAUUACACCGAUUCAUCUUCAAUCUCAUGGAUUCCAGACAGUGCAUACAUCACCACAGGCAACACAACCAGUGUUGAUUACAUUGAAGGAACCUCCUCAUCUAGUGUCCCGGUUCGGUACUUCCCAAUUUCCCAAGGCCGGAAAUGUUACAAGCUACCAGUCACCAAUGUGUCAUCUUUGGUUCUUGUGAGAGCUCAGUUUGUAUAUAAAAACUAUGACGGGCAUCGAAGGCCCCCGUCAUUCUCCGUCUCUCUUGGGACAGCCAUUGUUAGUACUAUAGAUCUCCUAAAAAAUGAUCCGUGGACAGAAGAGUUCGUUUGGCCAGUUGACAAGGACAUGGUGUCGUUCUGUUUGCACGAAAUUGCAGGUAGAGGAGCUCCUGUAAUUUCUACACUUGAAGUUAGGCCACUUCCUCAAGAAGCUUACACAAGUGGCAUGGAAGAUUUCCCUAACAAGUCACUUAGGAAAAACUACCGGAUAAAUUGCGGUUACACGAAUGGAACUUUGAGGUAUCCUUUGGAUCCGUAUGAUCGGAUAUGGGAUGCUGAUCAAAGCUUUUCGCCAUUUCAUACGUCCACCGAGUUCAAGACUCAGCUUAGCUUCAAUUUUUCUGCUUUGAAGGAGGCUCCCCCUGCUGCCAUUCUCCAAACAGCAAGAGUUUUGGCGCGAAGGACCAUGUUGACAUAUACCUUUCCUCUUGAUACCCUGGCAGACUACUACAUUGUCCUCUAUUUUGCUGGGAUUCUUCCUGUUUUUCCUUCGUUCGAUAUCUUAAUCAACGGUGCUGUUGUGCAGUCAAACUAUACCAUCAGAAGCUCAGAAGUUAGAACACUAUAUUUUAAACAGAGAGGAAUAAUGAGCUUGAACGUCACACUGAAGACCAUCAGCUUCUAUCCUCAAGUCAACGCAAUCGAGGUGUAUGAAAUUCUCGAUGUUCCAGAGGAAGCCUCCUCCACUACAGUAUCAGCUCUUCAGGUUAUCCAACAGUCUACCGGUUUAGAUUUGGGGUGGCAAGAUGAUCCUUGCUCUCCUAAAUCAUGGGAUCAAAUUGGAUGCGAAGGAAACAUAGUCACAUCACUGGAGCUUCCGGGAAUCAGUUUGAGGUCGAUUAGUGCAGCCAUCGGCGAUUUGCUUGAUCUUAAAACAUUGGAUCUGCAUAACACAUCACUUGCUGGUGAAAUACAGAAUUUGGGCAGCUUGACACGCCUCGAGAAAUUGAAUCUGAGCUUCAAUCGGCUAACAUCCUUCGGUACUGAGUUGGAGAACUUGGUUAGCCUCCAAAUUCUGGACUUGCAAAAUAAUACUUUGCAGGGAAUCGUUCCAGACAGCUUGGGAGAGUUAGAAGAACUUCACUUAUUGAACCUGGAAAACAACAAACUACAAGGCACUCUUCCGCUGUCCUUGAACCGAGAAAGUUUGGAAAUCAGGACAUCUGGAAAUUUAUGCCUCUCUUUUUCGACAAUGUCAUGCAAUGAUCCUUCAUCCAACUCUUCAAUUGAGGCACCACAAGUUACACUCUUUCCCCGAAAGAAACACACUGAACACAGCCGUGUAGCAAUUAUACUUGGCGCAAUUGGAGGAGCCUUACUUGCACUUGCGAUAUUUGUCUUCCUUCUAGUAUUCUUGCACGUGAAGAAAAGGAGAACUGAAAUGACUUGCGCGGCAAGGGCGGUGGCGGAUAUGCGAAACUGGAAUGCUGCAAGAGUUUUUACCUACAAAGAAAUCAAGGCAGCUACAAACAAGUUUAAGGAGGUUCUAGGCCGGGGUAGUUUCGGUUGUGUUUACCUUGGAAAGCUUUCGGAUGGAAAAAUGGUGGCUGUGAAAGUACGAUUCGAUAAAAGCCAACUCGGGGCAGAUUCUUUUAUCAACGAGGUGCGUCUCUUGUCGGGAAUUAGCCAUCAAAAUCUUGUAGGCUUGGAAGGAUUCUGUCAUGAAGCAAAGCAGCAAAUACUUGUUUAUGAGUAUCUUCCUGGCGGAUCGUUGGCUAACCAUCUUUAUGGUCCAAAGAGUAAAAAAGUUUCAAUGAGUUGGGUUCGCCGGCUGAAAAUUGCUGUCGAUGCUGCAAAAGGAUUGGACUAUCUACACAACGGGAAUGAGCCGCGAGUCAUACACCGUGAUGUGAAAUGCAGUAACAUCCUUCUGGACAAGGAGAUGAAUGCUAAGGUUUGUGAUUUUGGCCUUUCUAAGCAAGUAAUGCAAGCGGAAGCAACUCAUGUGACCACUAUCGUUAAGGGCACUGCCGGCUAUAUUGACCCUGAAUAUUACUCAACCCAGCAGCUUACUGAGAAAAGUGAUGUCUAUAGCUUUGGAGUUGUUCUUCUGGAGCUGAUAUGCGGGAGAGAACCAUUGAGUCACUCUGGAACUCCAGACUCCUUUAACCUGGUGUUAUGGGCCAAGCCUUACUUACAGGCAGGUGCAUAUGAGAUAGUGGAUGAGAGCCUGCAGGGCACAUUUGAUGUCGAAAGCAUGAGAAAGGCAGCAUUAGUUGCUAUAAAAUCUGUGGAGAGAGAUGCAUCGCAAAGGCCAACCAUAGCAGAGGUUUUGGCCGAGCUCAAAGAAGCCUUCAGCAUUCAGCUUUCGUAUCUCGCAUCCCGUGACAUGUGAACUCGAAUUUUGCGACUUCUGUGAUCAAAUUACUUCAUAUAAGAGAGCUAUUAAGUUAUUUUGUAUAGUUCUACCCUAUAUAGUUAAUUUAUCCUUAAAAAUGCAACUGUAUUUCUUCUGUUAUUUAAAGCUUUUUAUGGUAAGGUGAAGGAGCGGACUGUAAAAAAACGUUUGGUAUGAUAAUUUAUAUCUAGGAUUGUGUCAAAAAUCAAUAUUUUGUAUUGGAUAUUACUCCAAAAAUAUUCACAGUAAUUUCUCUUC